AUGGCAGAUGACUACGAAGUCUUUAUUGAGGCUAGUGUUCGAGUUUGUCAUGCAUGUUUCAAAGAUUCGACCGUUGUCAAAGUGUUGAUGUGCGAAAGAGAACUCGACAAUGUGCACGGCAAACACGCCGUUGCUGUCAACAAUGAGGAAGGCAAAGUUGUUGGACAUCUUCCAAUAGAACUAUCAAAGGUGUUUGCCCGAUAUAUUCGUGAUUUUGGGGAAGUGGAGGCUGAGUGUAUCGGUGUUCGAUAUAAUAAAGGAGGAAGCAAAGGUCUGGAAUUUCCAGUGGAUUACAAAUUGUCGGGGAACUUGCGGUACCUGGAAAAGCUGGUCUCAAGGAUAAAGAAGAGAGAAACCACAUGCGACCUCAAAAUUUCAAUCAUCAGG